AGGCGCCUGUGCCGGCCACCGCCACCGGCCGGCGCGCCUCCGCGAAUGCCCGGCGCUGCCGCCGGCUCCGGGCCGCGGGGGACGUGGGACGCAUGGGACCCCUGUGCGCCCCCCUCGCCCUUUGGAGCAGUCAAAUCCGGCUUUUAGAGCGCGGGGAGGGUGGGGAUAUCCGGUGCCUCCCCGGCGGCGCCGGAGGAAGGGGGAGGGCGGAGAGGCUCCCCGGCCAGUCCGCGCCGAUCAGAUUCAAACCAAAACAAAAAGAUUAAAGGAGCAGCUACCGGGGCGGCUGCGAUCCUGCGGGCCAGGACCCCGGGGGUGGCGCGUCCGUCCGGGAACUCCGGGGGCCGCGAGGACUCCGGGAGCCGCGCGCCCGAGGGGGAGCGGGCGCCGAGCGCGGAGGGGAAGGGGGGGAGCCGAGGGGAGGGCGAGGGCCGGAGGAGGGGCGGACCCGCCGGCUCCGCCCGCGCCCAGCCGAACCCAACCGCCCGGGCUGGCCGCGACCUUGGCCUGCUGGCGGCUCAGAAAGCGGGCGGCGGCGGCGGCGCGGACUAUGCUGCGGCGGCGGGCGCUCGCCGCGGCCCGCACGAUCGUGGACAUGUCGUACUCCCGCCACUUCCUGGACUUCCAGGGCUCCGCCAUCCCCAGCGCCAUGCAGAAGCUGGUGGUGACUCGGCUGAGCCCCAACUUCCGCGAGGCCGUCGCCCUGCGCCGGGACUGCCCGGUGCCGCUCCCCGGGGACGGAGACCUCCUCGUCCGAAACCGAUUUGUCGGUGUUAAUGCGUCUGAUAUCAACUACUCAGCGGGACGAUAUGACCCCUCCGUCAAGCCUCCCUUCGAUGCGGGUUUCGAAGGUGUGGGCGAGGUGGUAGCCUUGGGCCUGUCCGCCAGUGCCAGGUACACGGUCGGCCAGACUGUGGCUUACAUGUCAGCAGGCUCUUUUGCUGAAUACACAGUGGUGCCAGCCAGCAUUGCCAUCCCAGUGCCCUCUGCCACACCCGAGUACCUCACGCUGCUGGUGAGUGGCACCACCGCGCACAUCUGCCUGAAAGAGCUCGGCGGGCUGAAGGAAGGGAAGAAAGUGCUGGUGACGGCAGCGGCCGGGGGGACAGGCCAGUUUGCCGUGCAGCUUGCCAAGAAGGCCGGGUGCCAUGUCAUCGGGACCUGCUCUUCCGAAGAGAAGGCUGCUUUCCUGAAGUCUGUCGGCUGCGAUCGCCCCAUCAACUAUAAAGCCGAGGAUGUGGGUACCGUCCUGAAGCGGGAGUACCCCAGAGGCAUGGAUGUGGUCUACGAAUCGGUGGGGGGCGCCAUGUUUGACUUGGCAGUAGAUGCCUUGGCCACCAAAGGGUGUCUGAUAGUCAUUGGGUUUAUCUCUGGCUACCAAACCCCUACUGGCCUUUCCCCUGUGAAAGCAGGAAUGUUACCCGCCAAACUGCUGAAGAAGUCUGCCCGCAUCCAGGGCUUCUUCCUAAACCAUUACCUUUCCGAGUACAGAGCAUCCAUGGACCACCUGAUCAAGAUGUGUACCAGUGGAGACCUCGUGUGCCAGGUGGACCUGGGCGACCUGUCCACGGAGGGCAGGUUCAAGGGCCUGGAGUCCGUGUUCCGCGCUGUCGAUUACAUGUACCUGGGGAAAAACACGGGGAAGAUUGUAGUUGAAUUACCUCAUCCUGUCAACAGCAAGCUGUAAAAGCCAAACAAUGGCAUAAAUCAGGAGAGAAAGAAAGUGGGUACUUGAUGCUUCAGAAUCACUCAAAUCAGUUUUUUUUUGGUCAUUAAUGGAGAUAAUAUUUCUUAAAACGAAACUAAGGUGUUACAACAGGUUUCUCCUUUUCUUUUUCUUUUUCUCUUUUUACCCCUCUCUUGGGAAAAAAAAAAAAAGUGCUAAUAAAACUUCCCUCCCAGGCUCAGAGGUAAAACCUUUACAUUCAACCCUUUGGUCAUGGACAGUCUCAUUCCAGAUUUUAUUGUUCCUGGGAACUAAAUUAAUUCCUGAUGGGAGAGCUGAUCAAAUCAGUAUGUCUUCAGCUUGAUGAGAUUUUAAAAUUGGUCUUAAAAAUAGUUCACAAAUUCUUUGCUUUGGGAGAGUUUAGUCUUGGGCUAACAGGUAGUUAAUAAAGGAGAGACACCACAAAAAACCAGCCCCAUUUCCGAGUGCACAUUCUGAGGAAAGGGCCCUUCAUAGCUGAUAAAUCACUAGCCAGCUAUCCAUACAGACAUUCGGAGGGAUCCUUCCAAAACUUUGAUUUGGUUAGAUUAUUAGCAAAAAUGAUUACGUGAACACAGACCUAUGUAAAAGACGUCAGUUGCACUGGAGGCUUCUGGUGCCUGCGAGGCACAUGUGGAAUGGAAAAUUUCACUCUUCCCUUAGGAAGCAAAUCAGUGCUGAAAACUUACACAGACAAAAAGCAAGGUGGGGAGAGGGGACGACAGAUCCGGGGGCUUUGAGAACUUAAUACGUUCCCGGGAGGAGUGUGAGUCCCAUCCACAAUGAGGUCCACCUAGCAGCGUGAGGGCCACGCAAGGGCAGACCACACCGGGCACACCACGGGAGGGUCCUUGUGGACGCCGGGGCAGGACAGAGCAAACCCAAAUCUCCAGUGAUAACACGCCAGCUCUGUGUCAGGCUGUCUGGCACGGAAGGUGUGCUUCUCUCCGAUCAUGGGAACAAUAGCAGCCCCUGCUGCUAGGUUUCCAUUUCACUUCUCCAAGGUCCUGGUGGAGUGAGGCUCCUCUUGUCCCGGGCACCUGAUUAUCACACUUAAACGUAACCAGUCCAGUGCCUUCUCCUCUUGUGAAUCCUGCCUGGCGCUGAUCUGCCUGCCUGCUAACCUUCAGCUCACCAAAGGCGGCUGCAGCCUUCCCUGGGAACUGAGAAAUCCCAGGGUGCCUCUCUGAUCAGGAGGCAGCGCCCGCCAGAUGCUUUCACAGCCCGGGGUUUCCGCCUCUCUCACAUGCUAAAUACAUAGGAAGACAAUUAAAAAGGUCCAGAAAACUUGGGUGACAGUAUUUAAUUUUUCUCGCUCCCGUCUGAGGAGCCAGGGAAUGCUGCCGCCCCGUAGCUGUCCGUAGCUGUUUUACAAGAUUUACUCAUUUUCAGGUACCUAAUGUCGCUGCUAGCAUGCAUGCACAACAAUACAAUUUAUAUGGUAAAUGGGACCAAAUCACGGCUUCACUGAAUGUUAUGGCUGCACUGAAGGGAAAUGUCACGGUAAAUAGCUGCCAAAUUAUGGAUCAUGCCGAAGUGUCACAACUGCACUAAAGACAAAUGGCACUGGAGGCUAUUGCCACCGCGGGCCCGUGAGUUAUGAGGGAAGGUGGCGGCCUGAUGCGAGGCUCUUUGUGUCCUCAUUAUAGCAGAGGGUUACCGGUGCCGGGGACGAGGGAAGCCGGCCCGGUGCGGGGCUCGGUUAUUAAUCUGUCCCUUUCAGUCCCAGCGGCGGUGGCAGAGAAGAGGGACUCCGCCUGGCUUCCAGACACACAAGCGCACAAGGGAAGGGGACAGGUUUCAGGAGCGUCACCGCCGGAAAUGGCCGGUCACGGAAAAUCGUGUCCCUCACGUCGUCUCGUCAGAGAAUAUUGUUACAUCGAACGCAGCGUGUGUGCGUCUGCGGGAUCGGGUGCUCCUUAUGCAGGUAGACGCGUGACGUGUGACAAGUAAGCAGAAACGCACGGCUCCCCCAGUGGAGAUCUGAUGGGGGGAGGGCAUCGCCAGCUAAAUUGCUUCUUCCAAACUGAAGUGUGUCCGGGUUUCUUUCAUUUUAAUGGGAGGGUAAUAAAGAUGAAAGACCAACCUUUUUUUUUUUACUGAUGGACCCCUUAAGCUACAGCAUAGAAAUUUAUUGUGUUUUGAAGGGAUACACUACAUUUAGCUAUGU